UCUCAUAAAUUUUUGAUAAAUUCUAUUACCAAAAUGGAAGACAACCACCAGCAAGAAAGAAAAGCAAAAUUCUUGGAUUGUUGCAAAGAUACUAAGCCUCAACGUGAGAAGUUCAUGGUGUCUCUUCGCAAAAAACAUAGGCAGGAUAUUUUCAAGAAAAAGAGGAAAUUAUGCGAAGCUCCAGUAGGUAAACACAAUUACAAUCCUCCUGACUUUUACAAAGAAGAUCUUGACUUAAGAGGAAAUGUACUUAUAGUAAAAGAGACUCUACAAAACUGAGAUUUCAACUUUGAUGAAAUCUUCAGCUACCUCCAUCUCCUUAAGAAGCUAUUAGGGGAUGAUGACCUAACACUUGAGUCCGCGACUUACAUCAUGGAGGAAAAUAUGCUCGACCUAAUCCUCGGCUUCCUGAGCAAAGACUUCACCAGUACCCUAAAUGAGGACCAAGCUUGUAUGCUUAUCAACGAAAUUCUAAUGAUAGUCAAUGGCCUAGUCAGCAAGGAACUAAACUUCUUGGUAAAAUAUAAAAUACUUGACAAAAGAUAUGGAGUCAUCAAUUUCCUACACGAGAAUCUUCAGAGCUAUGACAAGGGGCCCAUUAUCAUAAAUACGUUUAUGACUUGUGGGAACAUAGCGAUGGAGAGCAUGUAUUGUCCCUUACUGAGGAAGACUAAUUUCCUGGCGAAAUCAAAGUACUUGCUUGAGUUACCCACAAUCACAAUUUCUCUCGAGAACGAGAUUCUUGACGCACUGAGGUAUUUCAUUGAAAUGAAGUUAAGCCCACUUGAAGCCGAAAUGAUCGUCGAAAUGCUAAGCAGAUUUUUGUUCUUAAAGGAGCCUAAUAAUAAUCCAUUUGGAGCAGUCAGCCCAAAUUGGUCAAGGCAAAUCUCCGUAUUGAGGAAAGUUUUAGAGAUUUUUAUAGAGAUGACCAAUACUACUGAUAUCGUAAAUCAAGCUAAUGAGUAUGGUGUCCUCCUCAAACUCAACAGCAUGCUCCUUGAUAGUGAGCUGGAGAUUGACAUGGAAACUGAAGAUCCUCCGGAGGACUACGAAAGUAUAAAAUGACUCGUUGUUAAAACUAUCGGAGCAAUCCUCUCCUCUGAAGAAAGUGAGCCAAUCAACGAACUCUUAGAACAAGGGAUCAUGGAUAACCUAAUGAAAGCUUGAGACACCAAUGAUCUGUUAUGCCUUGAAAAGGUCCUCUGGGUUGCUUGAAACAUCUCAGUUACUUCCGAAAGCACCGCUAUGACUGUGUCUAAGACCGAACUUUUUGAAUAUGCUGCAAAUGGAUUAAUGGACGACGCUAUCGAGUCAGCCGACAUCAAAAAUGAAGCGUGAAUGCUCCUCAUAAACACAUUUUGAUGCUUACCCCAGAGCUGUAAAGUUGACAUAAUAGCCCAAUGUAUCGGCAAAGACAAUUCCAAGUUCCUCAUUACCUUGGUAAAAUCUCUAUCAGAAAUCGACAGACCUGAGACCCAAAGGUGGAUUCUAGACUGCCUCCACCAAAUAUUUUCUACAGCAAGAGAUCAUCCUCCCUUUGACUACCAUGGGAGCUUCCUGGCAGACAUUCUGGAUGAAUUUGUUGACUGAUCAGGGCCAGAAACUAUAGAUGCUUUCCUUGAAGAUGAAAACGAGCACAUCAGCAAAAUAGCGAAUGAGCUUUAUCAUGAAUAUCUUGAUGAAUCCUACCAAGAGACCAUGCUUCCUCCUCCAGAAGAACUUCCUCACAAUCAGCUGAAUUUCUAAAAAUUAAUAAGA